AUGGGUGACUUUCCACGUCAGGCUCAGAACAAAGAGUUUGCCCACAUCCGUGAAACAAGAGAAACUUCUCAAGUUGCGUAUGUAUCAGCUAAUUCUUCAUGCUCUUUCCUUUCCGCUUUCGCUCGUCACCAGUCCAGCAUAUUCACCAACCUAUUACCAAAAUGCAAAUCCUCCCCACAGAGUGAUACAUGGCCAUCCCAUGACGAUUGGAAUGCUCUCAACAAGUCUAUCGACGGAUGUUUAAUACGUACUGCUCCCGCAGCGUCAUCCUGCUAUGACGGAAGCCCUCUGAACUCGCCGUACAAUUGUACUGAAUGUAUUCCACGCAUCGUAGCCGGAAAGGAUCAGCUACUAUGUGUUCACCAACAACUCUUGUAUUCCCCCUGGCGAGACUGGGUACACCAAGGAGAAAGGAUCAGCAUUGGUGGACUGCCUCAGUAUGUUGUCAAUGCCACGAAAGAGGAGCAAAUUGUGACGGCUAUGGAAUGGGCUUCGAAGAGAAACAUUCGUAUUGUCAUCAAAUCCACGGGACAUGACUUCAAUGGCCGGGCAACCGGUGCAUACUCUUUGUCUAUCUGGACGCACAACUUCCGCGACAUUGAGCACAAGCCAGACUGGCGUAUCCCUGGAAGCAAAGACACGGCAAAUGUCCUGAUAUGCGGUGGGGGUACCAACUGGGGCUCCGCAUACAUUGCUGCCAACGCAGCAAAUAGAUCGGUUGUCGGCGCGGAGGAUGUCACAGUUGGUAUAGGUGGACAAUUAACCAACGGUGGUCACGGUGUUUUAUCUAGCUACCACGGCCUUGUGUCGGAUCACCUCUACCAAGCCACUGUUAUCACCACCAAGGGAUGCCGUCUUGUCGUAAAUGACGAGCAAAAUCAAGACAUGUUCUGGGCAAUUCGUGGAGCAGGUGGUGGUGUGUUCGGAGUUGUUACCGAGCUUGUCAUUAAUACCAAACCCAGGCCUGAGAAUGCGGUUAGCGCCGCGUUGACUUUCUACGCUCGCGAUUCAUUCCGCCCUAUGGAAGAUGCUGCGUGGGCGGCUAUUGCUGAACUUACCUCGCAAUUCCCAGAUCUGAUAGACACGGGCGUGACCGGCACGGUUGAUACGAUGACCGGGCAGAUGGCUAAGAAAUACCUCCCCUUGCCCCAUGCUGUAGCUGGUCCAGCAGUGUCAGCCAAGCUCUUCGCCUUUAAUACUACCGUCGAAAGUAUGCGACACAAAAUUCGAAAGCUGGUCAACAGCAUUGAAGACGCAAGCAAGGGGAAUCUGAGUAUACUUGUGACAGAGCUAUAUUCUGAAGGUUUCUGGUCAUGGGGGAAGCCCGAAUUCCGCUCUAGGAAUUUUGCAGGAUCAUCUCAAGACCUGGACAAGUAUCUUCGAAAAAUCUUUGUCGCCCAACGUCCCGAUGAUGGAAAUAUGUUACGCUUCGAUCUCCAGGCUGGGUCUGGCCCGGCCAAAGUCCCUAAGGAACGACGGGCCAGUGAAAACUGGUACUGGCGCAAGGCGUAUGUCCUGGCGAUGGCGUGGGGAGCGCACAUCAACGCGACUGAAGAUGCCAGCAAUGCAUUGAAGUCUGCAAUAGACUGGUAUGAGGAAAACCAGGAAGCUGUCUGGAGAAAGUGGGCUCCAGACGCCGGGGCAUAUCUGAAUGCAGCAAAUGGGUUCAGUCGCUCUUGGAAACAUGACUUCUACGGUGACAAGUAUGGUAAGCUGCUAAAAAUCAAAGAGAAGUAUGAUCCAACGGAGAGUUUGUGGUCUUAUAGUGGAGUUGGGAGUGAAAAGUGGCAGUAUGAUUUACACAGUGGUCUGCUUUGUCAAGCAGGCAAGUCGUGA